AUGGAGGCGAUAUGGCUGUACCAGUUCCGACUCAUCGUCAUUGGGGACUCGACGGUGGGGAAAUCGUGUUUGAUCCGGCGGUUCACAGAGGGACGCUUCGCCCAGGUGAGCGACCCAACAGUCGGCGUAGAUUUCUUCUCUCGCCUGGUGGAGAUCGAGCCGGGGAGACGGAUCAAGCUACAGAUCUGGGACACCGCGGGACAGGAGCGCUUCAGGUCCAUCACCAGAGCCUACUAUCGUAACUCGGUGGGCGGGCUCCUGCUGUUUGACAUCACAAACCGUCGCUCCUUCCAGAACGUUCAUGAUUGGCUAGAGGAGGCCCGGAGUCACGUCCAACCACACAGCAUCGUGUUCCUAUUGGUCGGACACAAGUGUGACCUGGAGCCUCAGCGUCAGGUGACUCGUCAGGAAGCUGAGAAACUCGCCGGCGCCUACGGGAUGCGUUACGUAGAAACCUCGGCCCGCGACGCCAUCAAUGUGGAGCACGCCUUCACGGAGCUGACCAGGGACAUCUUCCACCUGGUGAGGAGUGGUGACAUCACUAUCCAGGAGGGCUGGGAAGGGGUGAAGAGCGGCUUCGUCCCCAACGUGGUCCACUCCUCCGAGGAGGUCACCAAGAGCGACCGGCGGUGCCUCUGCUGAUCUGGAGGGAUCACUAGAGAGAUCCCUGACUCAAGCCUGGUUUCACCUGGGUCCUCCUGGAUCCAUUUCAGCUCUCUAGUUUAGCAAUUUCCCUCUGCUGAUCUGCAUCAGGAUGGAGGGAUC